CGCAGGCGGGCCAGGGCGGGUGAAGCGCCGGGGCCGGGAGCCGAGCGGGAGCGCGCGCCGCCGGCCCGGGGCACCCCCAGCGCGCGGCCCCGCCUGGGGCUCUGCUCCGGGGCGCCCUCGGUGCCCCCCCGCGGGUCUGGGGGGUCGGAGCGGGGCUGCGGGGACACCGGGCAGACAUGGUCGGCUACGACCCCGAGGCCAAGUGCGUCUCCACGCUGGAAGCAGCCGCCGCAGGAUCAGCAGCCGGGUUGGUCAACCGGGUCCUCGUCAGUCCCUUGGAUGUCAUCAAGAUCCGCUUUCAGCUUCAGAUUGAGCAGCUCUCCUCCAGAAACCCACUGGCUAAGUAUCAUGGCAUCUUGCAAGCUGCACAGCGCAUCUUCCGGGAGGAGGGGUUGGUAGCCUUCUGGAAGGGCCACGUCCCUGCUCAGUUCCUUUCAGUUGGCUAUGGAGCUGUCCAGUUCAUGGUGUUUGAGAGCUUGACAAAAUUGGUGCACAACGUCACAUCAUACAGUGCCCGCGAUUCCUUCGUGCACUUUGUCUGCGGUGGACUAGCUGCUUGCACAGCCACUGUUGCAGUUCAGCCUGUUGACACGCUACGCACCCGAUUUGCUGCUCAGGGUGAGCCAAAGAUCUAUCACAGCCUUCGCCAUGCAGUUGUGACCAUGUACCAGACAGAAGGGCCUUGGACUUUCUACAGAGGUUUGACCCCCACAAUCAUUGCUGUCUUCCCCUAUGCUGGUCUCCAGUUCUCCUUCUACAACAUAUUGCAGCAGUUUUCUGAAUGGGUGCUUCCAGCUGAAGGAAAGAAAGCAGGCAAUGCUAAAAACCUUGUUUGUGGCAGCUGCGCUGGAAUCAUCAGCAAAACCCUCACUUAUCCUUUUGACCUGUUCAAAAAACGACUGCAAGUGGGUGGCUUUGAGCAGGCCCGGGCAGCCUUUGGGCAGGUGCGGAUAUAUAAGGGUCUCCUGGACUGCGUAAGGCAGAUCAUGCGAGAGGAGGGCCCGAGUGGAUUCUUUAAGGGCCUUUCCCCCAGCUUGCUCAAGGCUGCUGUCUCCACUGGCCUCGUCUUCUUCUGGUAUGAGCUGUUCUGCAGCAUGCUGUGUGCUCUGAAGACCACUGAUGUCACUAAGAAGAAGGAAAGUUGAAACGGGCGCGUAUUUGGCUACCUGGUAUCCUCCGGGAGGAGGGAAACUGAUGGCUUUGCUGUGUCAUGAGCGCGCUGGAAACGCCAGAGCUCCGAGUGUCAGAAACGGCCUGCUGGGACCAUACAGGAGCAGGCGACUGCGAGUUCUGCUGAGAACGCCGAGCUGCUCUGCAGGAAACUUAAACAGAGCACUUUUUUGUUCUGUCUCCUCUAAUAUAAGCAGAUGUUUAGCAAGGGAAAAAGGGGAAAAAAAAAAAGAAGAAGCGUUAAACUACCGAGCAGAGUCUCUGCUCUGAAAAGGCACCUGAUAAAGUGGGGGAAUUCCUACGCUUGCCCCGGAUCACAGAGAUGGGUGCUGACUUAGCUCAUGCUGUUUAGCCAAUGUCAUUUCUUGUCGCUGCAUCUGCACAGCUUCAUUUCCCUGCUUAUGGUGGGCUGUUUGCAACAUCUUCUUAUCUCUGUGUUGCACAGGUAGCUCUGUACCACUGCUGUUUUGAAGUCAGUUAAACCCUCCUCAGUGUGCAUGGAUCCUCAGUUUUCCUUUUCUUUGCUGCCAGCUGCUUCUCUUGAUUACCCCUUGCUGGCUCCACAUCCUCAGCCGCCUUAAACACAGUAUCUUCUGGUGAUUCCUGCUGACCCAAACUUGCUCUUCCUGGAACUCUGGUGAGCUUGAUUGGGUCUUACAAGUGCCCAUCUCUCUUCUGUGUCUUGCCAUGCAUCACUUAGGGUUUUGCAUUGCCUCAGUCAUUUUUUUACAAGCAAACCUGCACAUUGAGAACUCUGCUCUGAGGGGGAUUCAACGCACAAGCCCAAUUCCUGCUUUGGGGUUCUUUGCUUCCCUGCUGCUGUGCAGUGAGUAAACAGAUGCUGUAUAUAAUUUUAGAGUCAAUAUUUAAUCUAUGUUAAAACAAUGAAGGAAAGUCCUGUGGAAACUAGUAAACAUAUUCUUUUUUUUUAAUAUAUAUAUAUACUACUACCUUUGAAUGUUUUAGCCAGUAUUUCUGAAGUGGCCUCAAAACAUUUCUGAGCCUCUGUUCCAGAGUGGUGCUAACAGAUAAAAAUGUUUUGACAAGAUCAGCCAAAGUGAGAAGGCUAACCGUGUAAAAUUGCAGUUGGUUGACAUAGCGUGGUGUUUGACCAGAAAAGGAUGAUUGAAUUAUGGGUGGAAAAGAAGUGUUUUUCUGAAGUUUCAAAGGUUUUACAAAUGGUGAAUUAGAAAAAAAGAAAACUGAUUUACGUAAGAGGAAAAAAGAGGAAAAUGGCUUUGUUCCUCCUCUUUUAUUCUCUGUUAUUUCAAGCUGAGCAGGGUGUGACUGGAUCAGCAUGUGGAAGGCAGACUUCCAAGGAAAAGCCACUGCGAUACAAAAGCAUGUUAGUCAUCUGGUGAAUGGUGGAAAGGGGAGAGCGCUGCAGUUAUUUAGAGGAUGGUUUGAUGGUUCUUGUCAUGAUUCAAAGUUUUCUGUGUCUCCUCUGCAACAUUCAGGGUGUUAAUCCCAAAUGGCCUGGCCGAAUUCCAGUGUGACUAAUUCCAUUCUGUUGACGCAACUUCUCCGGGCGAUUUUGCUUGCAUAUCAGUGUUACUCAUUUAUCCUGGACUAUUAGGAGAGGCUGUUUUUAAAGAGCAGCUGUUUCACUGGUGGGUGAGGUAUCCAGUGAGAUGCCUUGCUAGCUUGGGACAAAUGACUUUGUGUCGGCUGUGAUUUGAGAUCUUUGAGUGGAAAAUGACUGAGUUUCACUGCAGGUGGUUUUGGCAACUACAUAAAUUUAGAUUCACUGAAUAGUGUCAAUGUCAGGUAGGAGACGUGUAUGAGCCCCUGAGAGGGAGUGUUAGCUGCAUGCACGGAAAAAAACAGCAGUUUUGCUUAAAGGAGAAAAUGCAAAGGAUGUCGAGUAGGGCUUCUCAAAAUGCCUCGACCCCAUUGGCAUUUUCCUAAGUUAUUUAGGCUCUUCUGAGAUCUCCCCAGAAUCUUCUUUAUAAUGUUUUGCCUUUGUUUAGCAUCGUUCAUCUGUUCUUCUAGGAAGACCUCAUAACCUGUAAUGACUUGGAAGACCUCAUAACCACUAAUGAACUUAGCCUCGUGGCAUCCUUCCGAGGCAGCAGAAUGCCUCGUUUCAACGCAGAGCCAAACAGGUUGGGAUUGUGGCUGUCUUGACGCGUGGUAGAGAGGAAUGCUGUCACAGUUAGCGGGGACAGUACUGACCACAGCAGAAAAUUUUUCCAUGCUGACCUAGACUUCCAUAUCCCUAUAGGAAAUCUGGACCCAUCCAUCCUGUCUAAACAUUACAAGACUCUUGUUUUCCAUUUUAUGUCAAAGAGCUGCUGUUAAACUGCACACAAUAGAAGGAAACUGGUUAGGAACUAAGCGGUGGGAAUCUCAGCCUCGGGAAUAAAGAGUGAUUUUCUUUGGUUCUCAUGAGGGCAAAGAGUAAAGAACAGAAAACCAUGCAUUUUGGUGGGAUGAUGUUCCUUGCAUGUGCUCUGGAGCUUGAGACGAUACGGGCGACCCGCUUUAGGACGCAACUCGACUGCUGCACAGAGGGGGCAGCAAUGGCGAGUGCAGAGCAGAUCCUCCUGUUCCAGAUCUCUGGGAAGGAGGGAAAAACACCCAAUUCUCCAUUCUGUAUUAUAUGAGCUAACCUGUAACCAAUAGCAAAGGUGGAGUUUAAGCUCUGUGGCAGUCAGUGAGCUGUUUGUGCCGGCAUGGCUCAGGUUCUGGAGGAGGUGUCCCGUGGUCGGGGAGCCUUGGCACGCCGCCUGCUUAUAUAUAGCGCUCUGGGCUGUUAACCAGGAAUGUUACAGGUCCCGUGAGGCAGCUGGUCAUCCUGGGAGUGGAGGAGAAAGUAGCAACCUCAGCCAUAGAAUAUUAAAAGUUAGGUCUGACAGUCGUUUCGUCACUCGCCCUUGGUCAGCAGCACGUGUCUGAGAGGUUUCUGAUGUGCGCUUGGGAGUCGCUGCAGUCAGGGAAAUGGCUGUAACGAGAACAUUGUUUUCUGUUCGGGAAUGAGACUUGUUCAAUGCAAACUAGCAGGGUAGGUGUUAUUUCUGAGGAUGCUCUGGCAAAACCUGCUUGUCCCGGUUGAAGCUCGAUUUCCUGGAAUUAGAGGAGCAGGAGGUGGGAGAGAUCCGUAGCCGCCUUGUUCUCCCAUGUGCUGGAACAGGUCUGCUCUUAGAAACCGGCCGCCCCGGUUCAGUCCGGCUUCCCGUGACGCAGCGCAGCGGGUGACGCGCUGCCAGCCUGCGCCAGUGUCUGCCUGUUGGGGCUGGCUGGGAUUUCACUCGGGUGUAAUCCUGUCGGGGGGAUUUGCGUCACCCGAAGUUCACCUCUCAAGCAGCUCAGCGGCUGUGUUUGCCUUCUAGUGCCUUCCACCACCAGAGCGUCCAGAAGCACUUCAGAGGCAGAGCGCUGGUGCCAGUCGCCCGGUGGUUGUGGCGGGCUCCACUGCAGCUCCCGGGCGGCCUUGGACGGGAGCAUCGUUACGCACAAAUCCGGUACCGAAUGCACUGUUUCCUGCAGCGCUGGCUGACGCCCGGGCUUCCCGCGACAGGGAUAUUCCCCGGGAUGCUCGGCCAGGGCUGUGGAGCAGGACUGUUACAAGCAGUGGCUGUUGCGGGGUUGGCUGUGGAGUGGGCUGUUCUCUCGAAGUGUCUCUGGCGGUGCAGAGCUGUAGUUCCUUGCCACGUUCCUCUCUGUCGUCUGGGCGGACCUGCAGCUGCUGAAAGCACCAGACUGCAACGUGUGACAUGUGCCUACCUUUAAAAAGAGGGAAUAUUAAAUAUUUUGUUAUGCUUA